AUGCUGGCGAAGCGAAAGACUUCCAGCGACGACGGCGAGGCCACCCCCACCGUGCCGGAGUGGGUGACCACCUUAGCGAGGCGGCAGUUCACCGACAACGAUGGCGAAGCCAUUGGCGUGUGGUUCAUCGCCUCGAAGAGGGUGGAGAACUCUGACCUCGUCACGCAGCAGAACCGCCUCUACCUUCCCACCGACUCCGUCGCGGCCAAUCUCGUCGGCCUCCUCUCCCUGGAGGAGCGCGCCAUGGCCAGCCUCGUCGGUGAUACCGGCCAGCCUAGUAAGCGAAGCCGCACGGAGGCAGAGGAAGACGAGAUGAGGAAGAAGCAGAAGACGGCGGGGCGGGCGCACGGAGGGCUGUCAGUGCGGGUGUACGCACGGUGCGGGUUCGUGUUCUACUUGUGGCUGACUCGAUGGGAUGGAAGCGGUGGCACCGUGAUUAAGGGCGAGGAGCUCAAGUUGUUCCGCUCAUUUAGUGCUCUGAAAAAGGGUGACAAGAUUGACGUUUGGGCCUUCCGCCGCGGCGGCGAACUUUGCUUCGCCAUCGGGAGGCGGUGA